UACCUAAUUAAGUGCCUAUAUUCUUAUUUCACUGAACUUAGUUAAGUACUGGAACCAUUAUACAUUUCAGAUUUUUCUGGAUGAACUAGCCGAGGUUUUAGAUUUUGUAGUGGAACCAUACCCAUGGCAAACUUGCAGAUCCUUUUUCGCAUGAACCGUGAUGCAGUUUGUGCCAGCUGGUUAGUUCUCAUAUUGUGUAUACUGCAAAAAAAUGUUACAUAUUCGGAAUUCGAAGACAACGGAUUAUAUCAAAUAUUUAUGGAGGAACGGGACUCUACAACGUUCAACCAUCUUGUGAUGGAUGAAACUAAAGGGCUUGUGUUUAUUGGAGCAGUAGAUGUCCUCUACCAGUUAAGCUUCGAUUUAAGAUUAGUUGCUAGUUUGAGGCAAAAUAACUCUUCUCCGAAAUGCGAUGACUUCAAAGAUGUAUCAAAUGGAGUGAAAAAAUCAAUUGCCAAUUCCAAUAAAAUUCUUUUUUUGGAUCAUUAUAAUUCUGAAUUAACGUCGUGCUGGAGCACUUGUUACGGCUUAUGCAAAAUAUACAGCGUUGGAGUUCCAUUAAGAGAAGUGAGUACUGUGACUAGACCGAUAGUUUCUCGAGAUGAGAAUGCUUCAACUGUUGCAAUCACUUACGCAAGUUCAGAAGUAACAACAUUGUUAGUUGGAGUGACUAUUACGACGAGUGAAUCAGUGGUUCCAGCGCUUUCUAGAAUGAUGCGAAAAUUUGGGAACGAAUUUCUUCCUUCAUAUGAUCUCAUCACUCUUCGAAAUGACUAUAAAGGAAAGUAUAUUAUUAACUACAUAUACGGUUUUAGUUCAGGAGGUUUUGAUUACUUUUUGACCACUCAAAUGAAUUCUACACAGCCCUCGCUGUACAUAUCGAAAUUAGUAAGGGUCAGUGUAGAAACUAUGUUCCAAAAUUCCUACAUGGAGAUUCCGAUUGAAUGCUUUGAUGAAAAAGAAAGAAAAUAUAACUUAGCUCAAGCUGCAUUCGUUGGAAAACCAGGUUCCGAAUUGGCAGAUUCGCUAGGUAUUACCCCACGAGACAAAGUCUUGUUUGGGGCUUUUGCUCAAAGCGAAAAGCAAAUUGUUGGUUAUGAAUCGAGCAUACCAAGUAAUAGAAGUGCAUUGUGCAUAUAUUCUCUGAAAGAAAUAAAGCACAAGUUCAAUGAAAAUAUCCAACGUUGCAAAAAUGGAACUGGGUACCGGGGACUGGAAUUCAUAAACCCACCUGAUCAAAAAUGUAAGGAAGAGAACGAACCCAUCGAUUCGAAAUCUUACGGAAAAAACUUGAAGAUGCCUCUCGAAGGUUAUUCUCCAGUAAAGACGAGGGUUUCCAUUAUAUUUGAUACGCUUGUGACAGCUGUCCGUGCAGAACCACAUCCAAGAAAUGAUACUGCUGUGUUUGUGGGUACAAAUACUGGUCAUCUAAAGCAAAUAGUUGUAGAAAACAAAUUCAAUGCACACGAAUGCACGGAUAUUGCUAUUGAUGAAGGAUUUGCAAUAAACUCAGACUUAUAUUUUGAAUCGAGAAUGGAUCAUUUGUACAUUAUGACUGAGCGAAAGCUGACCAAGAUGGAGGUUUCCUUAGCUCCAUCAAUAUCCUCAUUUAAACCCACGCUAGGGAUCUUAGGGGAAAUCAUUAAUGUUACCAUUCAGGGUAAUAAUUAUUUGGCUUGUUCACUCAACAAUUCCCAACAUAGUAUUGCAGUUGCUGGAAUACCUUGUACCACCUAUCGACCUCCGCAUUCGGCAGAAAUAGUUUGCACUAUUGAUACUCACAGUAUAAAUUUAACAGAUCGUGAAGAAUACGAAGGUCCAGUUGAAAUUCAAGUGCAUGGCAUCAUCAUUGUAUCCAAACAGAAUUUUGGUAUUUUUCAUCCAAAAAUUGAGAGCAUCAAUCCAACAAGAGGCUCUUUCUAUGGAGGUAACAAACUGAUCAUUAAGGGUAAAAACUUUAAAGCUAAUAGCUCCGUAAAUGUUUACAUUGGAAAUGUAUCAUGUUCAGUACUUCAUCACGAUGAAAAUGAAAUAACUUGUAUUACGGGUCCAUCUUCUGUUCUGGAAAGUAAAAUUGCUAUUAAAUUUGAUGACAAUUUUCGCAUAUUCGACUUCAUUUACAAGUAUUUUGACACUGAUCUCGAUGAAAAAGGACAUAAUCUUACAUUGAAAGGCAUUCCUGCCGGAGGAAUUACAAUUUAUAUGGACAAUAAUCUAGGGUUGAAUAAAACAUCAAUUGGAAAAUUGUUUCUUCAAGUGAAUAGCCACGGUCAAACUUACAAUAGUACAAUAUGUGAAGUAGAAAAUUCAACUACGUUCAACUGUUUAUCACCUCAUAUGCCGGAAAUUGACAGCCAUUCGAUAGAUGUGAAAAAUCCUCAAGUAUUCAACUACACACUCAUGGUAUUACUCAACAGGACAAAUGCAGGAGACCCUUUAUCAAUCAAGUCGUCCAAGUUUUUUGUGUACCCAAACCCAGUUUUUGAGCAUUAUUCCGUCACUGAACUUGACGAUAACAUUCGUUUUGUUAUUAAAGGGCGAAACAUCGAUAAUGUUUGCCGAAUAGAUGAUUUCAUUGUGCGGGUAGAAGAUGAGAAUUGCAAAAUAUUUAUAAUAUCUCGAAGUGACCUGACUUGUCAGGUACAAAAAUCUGCACUGAAGCACAAUUAUUAUAAAAAUACAACCGAACAAGAUUUUUCAACUGCUUAUGGAAAUGUUACUGUGCAAAUUGGGAAUUAUUCAAAGCAGGUUGUACCCUAUUUUAACACGGUUCCCAUUGUGAGUACUGAAAAACUUUGGUCCGAUUGGAUAAUCUAUGGUGUAUGCUUCGGUGCUCUCAUUUUUAUUGUAAUCGUCUUCAUAUUGAUAAAACUACUGAUCGCAUAUCGAGAGAAGUCCUUUAAAAGCUUGAAAAUGUCAAGGGAAAUGCAGAAGCAAAUUAACAAGAUGGGCAUGGACGCGAUAGCGAUGAGACAAUGUAUAAAGAAGAUAGUUGUUGAGAAAAAAAUUAACGUGGAUGGAAGUUUAGCAAACAUAUUGAAAUUGCCAAAUAUUACGAUUGAGUAUACGCCUGUUCCUAAAACGGAUGUAGAAACUUCACCAGAGAUGGAAUUUUAUCUAUUACCACUAGAUACCAAAUGGGAAUUUCCACGCGAAAAAUUGUUUUUAGGAAGAUUUCUAGGAGAGGGAGAAUUCGGAAAAGUUGUUCAAGGUGAAGCCUUGGGCAUUGUAGAUGAGAAUAUCACCACGACUGUGGCUGUUAAAAUGUUGAAAGUAAAACAUUCCGAUGCAGAUAUGAUUGAUUUAGUAUCAGAAAUGGAAAUCAUGAAACUAAUAGGAAUGCAUCCCAAUGUUUUACGUUUACUCGGAUGCUGCACUCAAAAUGGCCCUUUGCUGAUCAUCACAGAAUAUGCACUUCAUGGAAACCUACAAAGCUUUCUUCACAAGCAUGUUGCUUCUGAAAAUUUUGAAACAGCACCAAGCGAGCUAUCUCAAAGGACUUUGGUUACAUUUUGUCUACAAGUUGCUCGAGGGAUGGAAUACUUGUCUUCUAAGAAAUGUGUGCACCGAGAUCUAGCAGCGAGAAAUAUUUUAGUAUCGGAUUACCAUAUUUUGAAAAUAGCUGACUUUGGUUUAGCUAGAGAUAUUAAAAAUAAAGACUACUACAGAAAAAAAUCAGGUGGUAGAUUACCAGUAAAAUGGAUGGCACCAGAGGCAUUGCUUCGUAAACUGUAUACAGUCCAAUCCGAUGUAUGGUCUUAUGGCAUAUUAUUAUGGGAAAUUAUGACUUUGGGUGGCUCACCUUAUCCCACAUUCACCGACAUGAAGAAAUUGUUGCGAGAUUUACAUUCAGGGUAUCGCAUGGAGAAACCUCCGGAUUGCUCUGUGGAAAUGUACAGCAUUAUGCGUCAAUGUUGGAAUUACAUUCCGAAAGAUAGACCAUCAUUUUCAGUGAUUGUUGAAAAUUUGGAGGAAAUAUUGCUGCAGAGUAGCGGUGAUGAUGAAAUUUUGGAGAAACCUGAUUUAUAUGAGUCAAGUAGUAUUGACAGUGAGUGCAGCGAAUCUGAUAAUGAAGCUUUGGAAGGUGACCACUUAUUAUCUAUUACACCCUAGUAAUUACAUUAUUCUUAAAGUUGUUGGCGG